UUUAGCAAUGACCUGACAUCACACCUUUAUACCUAUAUGUGCGUGUGUCCGUAUUUACAGGAGCUGCGUUGUGUUUUCUUUAUUUUUGUGUUUUUACACUACAAAGAUGUUGCACAGAUUCUACAUCAUCGCACACUGAAGCCACAUAAUCCGCCUUGCGCGCAGAGUUCUGCAUUUACGGUAGCUUCAUUUGCAACGGGGAGGGGCCACAGGGCCCCCAUACCGCUCUCAUUGUCACCACAGCUCUCUUCCCAUCCAAGGGCAUUAGUACCGCUCAGCAGCCUGAACCUCCAGAAGCCGCUGCCUUGCCCCCUCCCCCCUUGUGUCCUCUUUGCAGACAAAAAGCAGGAAUAACUGCCCCACCAGAGAAGACGCCUCAGCUCGUCGCUUUCCAAUCUCAUUGAUUACCGACGACAGCUUUUCAACUUAGACACAACAGGUGACCCUUCCCCUCCCCGGUUUCCCAGCAGGCAGGCAUGGCAGACGGUCAGCAGCCAGAGGAGCACUGGGCCUCCAACGGCCAGGAGAAUGGCGAGAAUGGCUACUCCGCUUACAGCUCGGCCUAUAGAGAGAAUGGAUACCACGGGGGUGGGGCGACUGCGCAUCCUGGGACGUCAGUGGAUGACUCAGCCAAUUUGCCUCCCUCCCCUCCCCCCUCUCCAUCCGCUGAGCAGAUUGGGCCUGUGGCACAAGCCCAGCCAGAAGAGAGAGUCAGUAAGCCAUCUUGUGAGUCCACUAUGAAGGAAGAUGAACCGUCGCCACCUGAGAAACAAAGAGCAAAGGUAGAAGGAGAAGAACCUGCCUCGACUGACCCUCCCCUUCUUUCUGAUAAAGAGAAACCUCUCCCCUGCACUUCCUCAACAGAGCAGGGUAAUCAAGACAGAGAGGGUGGGAAAGAAGAGGUCACUGACAGCAAAAUACUUUCAGAGUCUAAAGAAAAAGAAGCAAAAGUUGUUCUGACAGAGGCCUCAUCAGAACUUAUGGCAGAAGAAAAAGAAGAAGCAGGAAUUAUCUUACCAAGUGAGUUAGGGUCAAAUAUGAAUGAAAGCAAGGAAAAAACAGAUGUUUUCGAGGCAGUCAAUAAGGAGGACCAGCAUGGUGCAAAUGACUGUAGAUUGCAUGACACACCACUGGUCACUGACAUUCAAAAAACAGACCUGUCGCAAGAAACUCUGACGUCAAGUCCAGAACUUGGCCGAUCAGAUGUUUUUGUAGAGCAUGUGUCAGGAUCAAAAACCUACUUUGACACAUCCAUGGAGGGUCGAGAAGAAGAGUCGCCACAAACCCAGAGCUAUUAUGAGCUCAGCACAACGGCAGAGACAAAAUUAAGUGGAGAUGAUGAAAGCAUUGUGCAGAAUACGGAGAAACAACAAGAACAAAACGUCAAGACAUCUUCUGGUAAACUGGGACUGGAACAAAGAAGUCUUUCCUUGAACAUUACUGUUGGGUCUUCAGCCGGACAGACAGUGAAGGAAGAGAAAUCAAGGACCUUCAUGGGAAGCUUGUAUCCAAUCAGUGGAAGCUUUGAUGAAUCAGAGGUUUAUCCGUCAACUCCAUCUGUGGUGAGCCUUCCACCUACAUUUCCUCCAGCUGUCUCCAUUACUCCGACUAACACUGAAACACUUGAAAAUAUCCCCACUGUGGCAGACGAGCCCUUACCUUCUGAUAAGCACACAGAUAGUUCUAAACAAUCAGGAAGCCUCUCUGAGAUGUUGGACCUGGCUGGUGCCCUACCUCGUCCAUCCCUGGAGAGGAUGGAGGUUGACUACAUGAGAAGAAAGUCAGUGCCCGCCAAUGUAUCUGCCCUUGUGGGAAGUUCUUUAGCCAAGCUUGCCUUGACAGAUCAAGCCCCAAGUGUUGUCUCACGAGAAAACCAGCUGGAGGAGGUGGGCUACUGUGUCUUCAGUGAGUAUUCAGGGCCCAUGCCUUCUCCCGCUGAUGUACCCAGUCCCGGGGACUCUCCACACCAGCGUUUCCCUUCUGUAGAGGGGGAAGAUCUAGGGGAUUUGGAAGCAGAAGAUGUUUCAAAAGGAAUACAACAACAAGAUCACAAAGAGGUUACCCCUGUGAUCUCUCAAAUACCAGUGGUAGAAAAGAAAGACUCACCAGUAAAGUCUAACCUGAUCCUUGAAAAAGCUGUAACCAGUGGAAUAAAACCGGAUCGGCUAAGAAUCCCAAUGACUACCUCGAAAGACAGACUGAGUGAAUUUCGUUUGGAGACUGGGUUGCCAGGGGACAUAAAGAUUCAAGCUAUUCCUGAGGUAGAUGUUGAAAAAGACCCAUCAAGAGAGGCUUCACCUAUCCCACCAGACAGUUCAUUCACUUUCGCUCCUACAGAAACUGGAACCAAGGUUCCUCCAACUCCAACAACUCCCAAGUCCCCAGAUGACACAUCAUCAGAAACCCAAACUGCAGGAGAGAAAGCGCAGAAAGAUGACCCAUCAGAGCUAAAAGAAUCUGGAAAUGCUGAUAAUAAACAGUCAGAGUUAGACAAAGAAAAUCUGAAGCCUGAGCAGAAAGAAUCUGAAGAAAGAAGUGAUGAACCAGAAAUGCCAAACAAAGACUUGCCUUCAGGAUUAUCUCAGUCUUUAGAAGAGAGCACAGACAAAACUAAGACAAUCCAAAGUGAGCACCAGACCUCAAACACUGCUCAGGAUUUAAUUACUACAAAGCACACAGAUGAGAAAAAUGACCAAAACCAGCUGCAAAAAAGCAGUCUGGCGAAAGGCUCACCAAAGCUUCAAAUAUCUUCUCCGAUCAUCAUUAUCCCUCAAGCACAAGUAGAUGAAGAAGCAGAGGAGGAAGAUGAUAUUGAGAUUGCAGAGGAGCCUCAAGAGAUAAUGGAAGAAGCCCAAGAGCGGGAUGAAACAGGGAAGAGUCAAACUGGAGAAGCUGGGAAGGAAGAGCAAAAGACAGAACAAGUGAGACUGAUGGUGGGUGACCAGAUGUUGGAAGAAGAUCCGAAGUCUGGAGCAGAAGAAUGGAGUCACAGCGCCCAAAACAGCGACGAACCUGCAACAGACAGUUCGCACUUGUCUCCCUGCUCUGACCACGAGCUGACACAGCAAACAGAGGAAGGAGGCAGAGAAGACAUGGAGGCAGAUAAAAUAGAAGAGGACUUAGACACAGAUAAGGUGAAAGGGAAGACAGACGAGUACGAAGGGGUGAAGAAAGAGAAAACAAGGGAGGAAGAGGAAGGAACCGAAGAUCAUAAAAUGAUAGAAGAAGAGGAUGGAAAGAAGGUGAGGAAGGAGGAGGAGGAGACCUCGGAUGUUCUUAGCCAGACCGAUCAAGCACCUAACGAUGAAACCACCAUGGACGUGUCCAUCCUAGAUACAGACAGUGGCUGGAUGGAUUCACAAGAUGAUGACAAAAGUAUUAUGACUGAGCAAAUCGAAGCCCUUCCUCAGCCCCAGAGCUCGACCAGUAAGCCUGUGGUGGUGGACAGACCCGCUAAACGGGGCCCCGGCAGAUCAAGGGGCACUACUGAGUCUAAAGUAUCCCGCAAAGUACUGAGCCACCAUCCACCAAGAGAGGAGAUAAAGAAGAAAAAAGUAGGCAUCAGGAGGGCUGACCAGAGUAAGGUGUCAGCCCUCCAAAGUCGUUCCCCAUCUCGAAAGGGUGUAGCCAAAGCGGCGGCCAGACAUCCUAGGCCUGCUCUGCUUCACGGCUCUGCUAGACGCAAGGCCACAGGUGUGGAGCACCAUCAGCCCCUCAGUGUGGCCCACCAGUCCAGGGAGAGGACCACUGAGAGAGCGUACCGGAGCCCCGAGAAGAAGUCGUCCCUCCCCAGGCCGGCCAAGUCUCUGACACGCCACAUCCCGGCUGCUGAACAGGAGGACAACAGCACCCCCUCCAGGCCAACCUGUACAGACUCGGCGCGUUCCCGAUCAGUCCACAGCGGCGCCUCCACCCCGGGCUCCUCCGCCGUCACACCCGGCACCCCUAGCUACUCCUGCCGCACGCCCGGCUCCCGCACCCCGGGCAGCCACACGCCCAAGUCCUUCAGCGUCCUCCAGGAGAAGAAGGUGGCGGUGAUCCGAACCCCACCCAAAUCUCCAUCUUCUGUCCAGCGGCAGCUGAAGGUCAUCAAUCAGCCUCUGCCUGACCUGAAGAAUGUGAAGUCCAAGAUUGGCUCCACCUCCAACAUUAAGCAUCAGCCGAAGGGCGGACAGGUCCAAAUCCAGACCAAGAAGAUCGACCUGAGCCAUGUCACCGCCAAAUGUGGCUCCUUUUCCAACAUCCACCACAGACCAGGGGGAGGACAUGUGCGUAUCGAGAAUGUGAAGCUGGACUUCAAAGAGAAGGCCCACGCCAAGGUCGGCUCUCUGGAGAACGCCAGCCACACUCCCGGAGGCGGGAACAUCAUGAUCGAGAGCCACAAGCUGAAUUUCCGGGAUUCGGCCAAAGCUCGGGUGGACCACGGUGCGGAAAUCAUCGUCACCCACUCCCCCGGCAUCGAGACGGGAGGCACCUCUCCUCGCCUGUCCUCCGCCGGCAGCAUCAACCUCCUGGAGUCCCCCCAGCUCUCCACGCUGGCCCAGGAUGUCACCGCUGCCCUGGCCAAGCAGGGCUUAUGAGCCAGCUGCCUCUGCUUAGGAAAAAUACAAAUCCACACCAUCACCCCUCCUCCUUUUCCCAUCUUUCCCAUCACAAGCUUCCAGUGUUUAACGUAACCCCCACAGUUGUAGCUGGUUGACCGUCUCGUCCAAUCAACGAUCCCUCCGUCCCUUCCAAGCGGGAUUUUAAAAAACUGAAUUCUUCAUAAAUCUUCAACGACACUCCCCCGUCUGUCGGUCUGCUUUUUAUCCUCUCAUUCACUCAAACGUGGACUGUUCUGUUUUAGAUAAGCUGAAUGCCAAGGUUCAAGUGGUUCAAGAAGGUGGUUUUACGAUUGUACAGUAUUUUUCUUUGGUCCUUUUUCUGUUUAUUUGUUCUUCUUUUUCUUUGGUGCGUUGAAAAGCACCGACACAUUCCCACUCGCACGGGGCUAAAAACUUCAAGUUGGACCCCUGCGUGACAUCCAUUCAGAAUUUAUACGGUACUGAAUGCAAGAUAUAGCUACUAGAGAGUAGGUGCUAGUCUUAAAGAUAAGCGAGAGACUUAACUGACCUGCAAAAGAAUGGCUGAUGAGCAUGUCUGCAAAAAGAACAAACAAAAAAAAAACGUGUGACAUGAACUUUUCUUUGUUGCGUUUGUUGGAUUUCCUGAAUUGUGCUGAAUUGUUGGACAAACUUGUGUUCUCUUGUUUUCUUUUUAUAUAUAAAUAUAUAAAAAAAUAUAUGUCACUGUAGUUGGAAGUAUUUACAGUUUUGUACGUUCCCUGUGGCUGCUCUGGCUUAUUAGCAUUUAAAUGUGGAUAACCAUUGCAGCUCUGUCGAGUCGGGCGCUAAAAGGCUAGCUUUCCAAUAGAUUUUUGUGUUUUAUUUUCUUCUCUCGUCAGCCGUCGGGCUGCGCCGCCCCUUCCCCCCUCUCUUCUUUUUAUUUUCUGGUUUUACAUUAGCGCUGUGGUUUUUAUUAGGCUACAACAAUGCUGUUAUGCUGGCAUGGCAAAUAAAUGAUAAAUAAAUUAGAUCUAUUUGGAGCGAUCUUCGACUUUUCUGUGUGAGUGUAAAAUGGCCCGGGUGCAUUCUAGCAUACGGGCCCCUGUGACCUUGCUCCUUUUGCAAAGACUGGGUUGUGUAGUGUAUUUGAGUGGGUGAAAGCCCCGAAGUUUGUUUUAAAAAGUGUUAAGUGUGAAGCUUUAUAUGAAAACAUUCCAUUUGAAAGAAGUUUUUGAACGUUUGCGGAGAUGAAAAACGUGAAGAAUGGGAAUAAUACCCCACAAAACUGCAGCUUUUAGAAGUUUUUUUUUUUUUUUUGAAAAAAGAAUAAAAAAAAUGUUCUAGCAUAUUCUCUGCUCACCAUUAUGAGACUCCUCCGCCCCCCACCCACCUCCCCUCCUGAUGUCACCUACCCUUCCAGUGUUUUUCUGUGCUUCCUAUAUCCCUCCCUCCCCUCUUUGCCUGUGUAAGUGUAUUUAAAAAAAAAGAUUUAAAAAAAUUGUAGAUGUGUGCACACUUUCCGGUGUUUGAGACGUACUGAUGACAAAAUGCUCCUACAGGAUGAUGGCAACAACAAAAAUAAAGAAAUAAAAGAAAUAAAAAACUGGUU